CUCCUGUGCACCAGAAUGUUCAGUUUCCUUUGGUUAAGACAAAUUCAUAAUCUUCCAGCCAAACUUACAUUUGUGGUCAUCCUUCUCCUGUGUAUCGUCGGAGUAGUCAUUGCCACGCAUAACGGUAACUACGAAGAGUCCGUUUACUGUGCACGUCGCUGGCUAUCGAUGACCCCGAGCCAUAAGCUUUGCCGUGACCAAAACCGGCCCAUCCACAUUCCACACGAUACCGACUGCUCGCGAUACUAUGAGUGUGCCUCCGGUGAUGCGUACGAGUACUCCUGUGCGCCGGGAUUGCUCUUCAAUCGGCAGUCAUUGAUUUGUGAGCUAGCCAGCUUAGUAGAUUGCCCCGAUAGUGAUCCUGUCAUGCAUCCUAUUGAGAUCCCUGGACCACCUCUGCCGGCCCAUCCAAACUGUUCGCUGCUAGCUGGAGCCCUGGAGACUUCAUUUUGGGCCCAUACCACCAACUGCGCAAAGUAUUACGGAUGUUCCGAGGCCGGUCAGAUAUUGGAGCUACAGUGUCCUGGUGGGUUGGUGUGGCAUCAGCACGAUAAGGCUUGUGCGCUUCCGGAUCCUCAAAAAUGCUGUACUAGCAUUCCGCCGGCACCGACCGAGCAGAAAGCGGACUUGAACUGGUGGGGCAAGCUGCAGUCGUGGAUGGGUUAAAAGGCGGCAUUCUUGAGUCAAUUUAUUUUCAAGAGUCCAGUGAGGAAUUGUGAAGCAAAUAAAGGUGUUGCCCGAAGAGUCAUUGAA